AUGGAUGAAGCGCCUGUGACCUUCGAAUCUGAAGAUAUCGAGGAAGAUAUGGAAGAUCACAAUGAUUCUUUGGUCCUCACAUUGCGAGUAGCGGGUUGCAAUAUCAAGAAGAUCCUCAUCGAUGGUGGGAGCUCGAUUAAUGUUCUGUUCUAUGAUACGUUUAAACGUAUGGAGCUUAAUGACGAACAUCUAAUGAUAUCGUAUUAUACCAUCUACGGAUUCAAUGAGGCAUCAACGAAGCCCUUGGGGGAUAUUGUUUUGCAAGUAGACGCGGGACCAACGAAAGUUGAUACUCGAUUCAGCGUAGUAGAUGCUCCUUCCCCUUACAACGCAAUCAUCGGUUGA